AUAGUGAUUGAAUUAGAGGCACCACGUAUAAGCAUGUUUGCCACUUGUUUGAAUCAGAAGAGAACAAGUCAACCAAAGAGCUCCAACUGUAACACAACAAUUCUUGGAUUUUGAAUUUUCUCUCAUUCUUUAAACCGCAGAGUCUCAUCUAAAGAAGUAAUUCAAAUUACAAAACAACCGGAAUAUGGAGACGAUGACUGAGAGGUGGAUAAAGAAACACCUUCUGAUAUACACCGGAGCCACCAGACACCCUUUUAUUCUCAGUAUUCGAGAUGGGUCUGUUGAUCUCUCUUCGUUUAAAACAUGGCUGGAACAGGAUUAUGUGUUUGUUAGAGAGUUUGUCCCUUUUGUGGCAAGUGUAUUGAUUAAAGCUUGUAAGAUAUCAGAUGAUGGGGGUGACAUGGAAGUGGUGUUGGCUGGUUUGGCUUCUUUAGAUAAAGAGAUUCAUUGGUUCAAAUCUGAGGCCUCAAAAUGGGAUGUUUCUCUUUCUAACAUUUCUGUCCAUAGAACAAACCGGAACUAUUGCAGAUUUCUUGCGAGUUUGAUGUUACCAGAAGUUGAUUAUGCAGUGGCCAUUACAGCGUUUUGGGCCAUUGAAGCUGUAUACCAACUGAGCUUUAACCACUGCCUGGAAGACGGCAACAAAACUCCAUCAGAAUUACAGGACACCUGCAGAAGAUGGGGCAAUGAAGCUUUUGGACAAUAUUGUAGCUCUCUCCAGAAAGUUGUCGAUAGGUGUCUCGAUAAGGCUCCGGAAGAUGUUGUGAGAAAAGCUGAAACUACUUUCCUUGCUGUGCUUGAACAUGAAAUCGAGUUCUGGAAUAUGAGUCGCGGGGGACCUCAUAGUGGACAGUGAAAGGUUUCAUGUCCUAAAGAUUUUUGUUUUCAGCCUAAGAUGUGUUUUUCUGCUGUGUAAAUAUUUUGUUGCUAUUGUGCAUAAAUAAGUUACAGGUGUGCUCUUUUGUAUAUGAAGUUAUGAGCAUUGAUGAAGUUUUGGUGUAAAUAUUUUAGGGAGCGGUUAUUGUGUUAUAGCUUUUUCUACGAAACGGUAUAAAAUUUUAAAAUAAUUACCGAACUAUAAUUUUUUUACAAA